AUGAAAAAGAAUAAAAAUGAUGCAAAAAAAAUGGGGCCUCUAAAACUGGCUGCCCUGAAUGGACUAGCUUUGACUAGAGUGCCUCUGCCAGAUGAGAGGAAGGAAGAAUCAACAAGAGCAACAAAUGAUGAACAAUGUAAAAUUCUGGAACAACGGUUAGAGCAGGGGAUGGUAUUUACUGAAUAUGAGCGCAUUCAGAAAAAAAGACUCCUAGAUGGUGAGUGCUCAAUAGCUCAGCUUCCUGAAAAUGCUGAAAGAAACCGGUUCCAGGACGUCCUUCCUUAUGAUGAUACCAGAGUAGAGCUAGUCCCAACCAAAGAAAAUAACACGGGUUACAUCAAUGCAUCCCAUAUCAAGAUCUCUGUUAGUGGCAUAGAGUGGGAUUACAUUGCUACACAGGGCCCUUUGCAGAAUACAUGUCAGGAUUUCUGGCAGAUGAUCUGGGAACAAGGGAUUGCCAUUAUAGCUAUGGUGACCGCAGAGGAAGAGAGUGGGCGAGAAAAAAGCUUCAGAUACUGGCCACGUCUUGGUUCAAGACACAACACAGUAACGUAUGGAAGAUUUAAGAUUACCACACGAUUCCGCACUGACUCAGGCUGCUAUGCGACUACAGGUUUGAAGAUCAAACAUCUUCUCACAGGACAGGAAAGAACAGUUUGGCAUCUGCAGUACACUGACUGGCCAGAGCAUGGCUGUCCAGAGGAUUUAAAGGGAUUUCUCUCAUACCUGGAAGAGAUACAGUCAGUGCGGCGCCAUACGAACAGCACUGCGGAUCCUAAAAACACUAAUCCGCCCGUACUGGUGCAUUGCAGUGCAGGUGUGGGACGAACAGGAGUGGUCAUACUGUCAGAGAUCAUGAUUGCCUGCUUGGAACACAAUGAGAUGCUGGACAUCCCCCGAGUGCUGGACAUGUUGAGGCACCAGAGAAUGAUGAUGGUGCAGACGCUGUCACAGUACACUUUCGUCUAUGGAGUUCUCAUUCAGUUUCUCAAAAGUUCUAGACUUAUAUAA